CGUCGUCCCAGCGCCGUGAGUGCUCGCUGCUUUCCCGUCUUGUCCCUUCUCUCUCUUCUCUCCUUCUCCUCGCUUCAGAAACGGCGGGGGGAGCAGAGCACGGUUCAGAAACGAAAGAGAGUUAGAGCACGGUUCGUCGCGGGGGAAGCAGGAGAGGAGCUGACACGGCGGCGGGGGCGAGACGGCGGGGAGGCAUGGACGGGCACGGCGGCGGAGCCGGUAAGCUGACGAGGACGCCGUCGCCUACCAUGCGCGCGGGUCCCGGCACCGUAUCGUUCCACGCGCUUGGGUGCUCUUCCAGCAGUACGUGGCCACCGGGCAGAUCGAGCCGGACCUCGCCGGCGCCGCACUCACGGUGCUCGGUGAUGUAGCAGCCGACGCGAAGCAGGAGCACCGCGACCCGGUGUACGCCCAGGUGCUCUCGAGUGUUCUUGGGGCGAUACAUGACUGGUCAGAGAAACGGCUGCUUGAUUACCAUGAAUGGUACGGGAAGGGCAUGGCUGCCACCGGCGCUGGGGCAAUGGUGAUUCCGCUGUCUCUGGCACUUUCCACGAGCAAGAUCAUCGCAGAGAGUGUGCCUGGGAUGGGCAUCGAUCUGGCAGACUCCGAGCUCGACGGCAUCGGGAGCUUCGCUGGCAACCGUGUGGAGUUUCUUUGGAGGAAGUGGACCUAGCAGUGUAUCCAGUUCCAGCUACAAGAGCCCUAUACUGAAGAAGGCUAGGAUAGAGGUUAACAGUCGAGCAAGAUUGUAGUCUGCUAUGCAAAAGAAUACUUUUGCGAGGUUUGCCCCCGCUACUAUGCUAUCAGUCCAUAUCGACAAUGAAUGGUUUCAGCAAAAUGCAAUUUCAAUCUCUCAUGUUGUUGCAGGUCAUCUCAGCCAAUAAGGACGACCUCUGUUAGUGGACAGCCAGUGAGAAAAACUACCAUUCAUAGACCCAAUUCAACCGUCACCAUCACCAAACCGAUGGGAAAAAGCAGGCAAAUUCAGAACAGCAGGCCCAAAUUCUAGGAAACGAUUUGCUGCGAUAUCGCAAUUUCAACUCCAGAGCUCAUAUGUCCUCAGCGAGACCAUGGCACGGCUCGCCAAGGACAAAUCUGAUGCAACGACAGGCAUUGGAGAACGAGCUCGGACAAGGGAACAGCAUGGUCAUCCAACGAGACGACGACCCCAGCGAGACCAUGGCACGGCUCGCCAAGGACACGGAGCAGCUGGCUCAGUUCGAGCUGGAGAACUUCAGCCCGGUGCUGAAGCGGUGGCACCCGUUCCCGGGCGCGUCCGCGGUGGCCACGCUCCACAGCUGCUACGGCGUCUUGCUGAAGCAGUACGUGGCCAAGGCGACGUGCCUGACCAACGAGCUCGUGCAUGUGCUGCACGCGGCGGGCAGGCUCGAGAAGGCCCUGGUACCGAUGAUGGUCGAGGACGUGGCGGACAGCGACGACGGCGGCAGGUCGUUGGUCAGGGAGGUCGUCCCCUACGACGUGGACUCCCUCGUGGCGCGCUUCCUCAGGACUUGGAUCAAGGAGAGGCUCAGGUCCGAUUCUACAGCGGCGACGGCUACGCCGGCGAGUGGGCCGGCGGCCAGAGUCACGGUAUCGGCGCCCAGACCUGCUCCGACGGCAGCACGUACGCCGGCGAGUUCAAGGGCGGCGUCAAGCACGGCCUAGGCUGCUACCAUUUCAGGUGAACACCGUGAAGCACACAGCAGAGGAACUCGACGGCCAGGGAGCAGACGCGCGCGCAGGGAGGAACGGCUAUGGAGCUUGGGCUAGCGGCUGUUGCAAGGAUGAGGAAGACGGCUGCUGCAUUCUAGAGAAAUUUGCGCAGGAAGAGAAGAGGAGAAAAGAACGACGGCUGCUAGGAGAGAGGUAACGGAUGUAGACGACGUGAGUAUCCAUGGUUUUAAUCAAAGAGGUUACCAAGUAAUGGAGUGUUCUUGUUCGUUUUAGCGAGUGGCCUAUUCCCUGCCUUUCCAUAUCAGCUAAUCCCUCGUCUACGCCUCCAAAACGUCGAAGCCGCACGUGAGGAUCUCCAUAAUAGCAAAUUUCUCUAAAUUUAGAGGACGCUGCUGAAGAGCGUAGAUGACCAUUUAAUCCUCUAUAUUUAGGAUACAUAACCUUUAGAGUAUCUUGCUGGAGCUAGCCUAAUGUGCAAGCAAGCGCUCGCGUGUUUCUUGAUUUGUUUUUGGUGCUCCUUGGCAUGAGAAGAAAGGAAAGGCUUUCGCCUAGUUUUUCCAUGGUGCAGGAUUGGAAAGGCUGAUCAAGUGAUCAGCCCACAUGCCAAGGAUUGCACAGACAGUCAGGCACAUAGCAUGA